CCGCCGUUGUUUCCAUGGUUACUAAAGUAUCGGCUGGACGCGAAUGCACCUUGACAAGACUUGUUCCGCAUUUUAGAAAAUGUUAAAUUAACAAGUGUCCGUAAUAACAACUUCAGGUAACUCUCUUUCUGUCGACUGAUGUUGAAUAAAUGUAAAUGUGAACGUUAAAAACGGACGUUUUGAGAUGGAUGCUAAUGACGUGUUUGACACAAUUAUGCGCGAGCUAACGUUAAACGAUGGAGUCACGUGUGACCCCGAAGAAGAGGAGCAGCAGAGCUUCUGGUUUCCCGGAGAGACGGACUCGGAUGACAUUCCCCGAUCUCUGCUCAGCUACUUGGAAACCUCCAAAAGCAGAGCAGCAGUUUGUGAGAAAGUCAUCCUGGAGGACCUCGGAGAUGUCCCGGCGUCACCCGCCACCGAGGACACGACCUUUGAACUCCACGAGGAGAGGAAACAGAAUGAGCAGACCGACCAGGAGGACCACGCCUGCACCGAGGCCUGCACCGAGGCCUGCCUCCUUCCUGCAGCCACAAAAGCACGUUGCCCUCACAGGGAGUCUGUGUGUCCCAGUGAUGAAGAUGAAUAUGAAGAGAAGGAGAAGCAUUUGGAAUACAAGGCAGAAGAGCUGAAAAAGGAGGAGCAAAAGAGUCAAAUAGAAAGCGACUUCCAGACGGAGCUGAGGAAGUUAGUGGAGGCAGAGAAGCUCCAACAGAAGGAGCUUGAGCUGAUGGGGAGGAGAGCGCAGGAGAAACUCGAGCAGGAGCUGCUGCUGCAGCAGGAACUGAUCAGCGGUUUACAGAGACGAGUGGGGGAAGAGAGGAGGAAGAAGGAAGAGGAGCAGGAGAGGAUAAUGGAGGCACAGAUGAGGAGGAAGAAAGAGGAAGAGAGAAAAGUAAAGGAGAGGGAACUUAGAGAAGAGGAGGACAGGAAGCGACAGGAGGAAGAAAAGGUGAGAGUGGAGAGAGAGGAAAAGAUGAAGAGAGAAGAUGAAAGACACAGGAAUGAGUUGAAGCUGGAGGAUGAGAUGAGAAUGGUGAAGGAGGAAGAAAGGAAACAGAAGGAAAGGGAGGAGGAGAGGAAAAGGGAGGAGGAAAGAAAGAAGAAGGUGGAGGAUAAGAUGAGAAUGAUGAAGGAGGAAGAAGAAAGGAAACAAAAGGAAGAGGAGGAGAGGAAAAGGGAGGAGGAAAGAAAGAAGAAGGUGGAGGAUAAGAUGAGAAUGAUGAAGGAGGAAGAAGAAAAGAAACAGAAAGAAGAGGAGGAGGAGAGGAAAAGGGAGGAGGAAAGAAAGAAGAAGGUGGAGGAUAAGAUGAGAAUGAUGAAGGAGGAAGAAGAAAGGAAACAGAAGGAAGAGGAGGAGGAGAGGAAAAGGGAGGAGGAAAGAAAGAAGAAGGUGGAGGAUAAGAUGAGAAUGAUGAAGGAGGAAGAAGAAAGGAAACAAAAGGAAGAGGAGGAGAGGAAAAGGGAGGAGGAAAGAAAGAAGAAGGUGGAGGAUAAGAUGAGAAUGAUGAAGGAGGAAGAAGAAAGGAAACAGAAGGAAGAGGAGGAGAGGAAAAGGGAGGAGGAAAGAAAGAAGAAGGUGGAGGAUAAGAUGAGAAUGAUGAAGGAGGAAGAAGAAAGGAAACAGAAGGAAGAGGAGGAGGAGGAGAGGAAAAGGGAGGAGGAAAGAAAGAAUAAGGUGGAGGAUAAGAUGAGAAUGAUGAAGGAGGAAGAAGAAAGGAAACAGAAGGAAGAGGAGGAGGAGAGGAAAAGGGAGGAGGAAAGAAAGAAGAAGGUGGAGGAUAAGAUGAGAAUGAUGAAGGAGGAAGAAAAAAGGAAACAGAAGGAAGAGGAGGAGGAGAGGAAAAGGGAGGAGGAAAGAAAGAAGAAGGUGGAGGAUAAGAUGAGAAUGAUGAAGGAGGAAGAAGAAAGGAAACAGAAGGAAGAGGAGGAGGAGAGGAAAAGGGAGGAGGAAAGAAAGAAGAAUGUGGAGAAGAGAGAAAAGAUGGAAGAUUUAAUACAGAAGGAGGAGAUGAAAGAGGUUGGAAUUACUAAGAAAAUAGAGGAGAGAAAUAAAAUAAAGCUGCAGGAAGAGCAGGUGGGCUGUGAAGGAUACGAGGAGGACAACAAGAUGGAACAAGAGAAGAAGAGGAAGACGUUGGAGGCAGAGAAGGAGAUGAAGGAGGAAAUGAGACUCAAAGAGACAGAGGAGAGCAAACAGAGAGCAGCCGGUUGCAGCGGUGCCGGAGGCGAGGGUCCAGCUCACCGACGGGACCCGGAGGAGAACUUCAGCCGGGCCUCGGCGGGGAGCAGCACAGAGGAGAGGAGGCUGGCCUGGAUGAAGGACUGCGUCCCCUGGUCCAAGCUCUCCCUCCAAAACCGGAGCAGGCAGGACGGACCUUCCCGGCGCCGGAGAGGGCCCGCGAGGGCCCCUGGGUCCGGAAGCCUGCCCCCGCUCUGCCCGGACUCUCUGCUGCGGUCCGCGGGCCGGAAAUCCCUGCAGGAGGUGACCUCGGUGACCCUGGAGGACCUGCCGGGCCGGUGCUUGUCCACCCUGGCUCAGUGUGCAGGCCUGCGGGCCCUCACCCUGCGGCGCUGUGGCCUCAGAUGUCUGGAUGCCAUCAAGCAGCUGCCGCAGCUCUGCUACGUCGACGCACAGGAGAAUGACAUCUCCUACGUGGACUGUGAGAACAUGAGCAGCUUACGGGUUCUUCUGCUCGGCCACAACAAGCUGACGUCCAUCCACGGUUUGACCGGCGCCGCCAACCUGGGCCUUCUGGACCUGUCACACAACUCCAUCACCCGCGUUGCUGGUCUGGAGUCCACAGGGAGGCUGCAGAGGUUGUCGUUGGACCACAACCAGCUGAUCAGCACCAAGGGACUGAGGGACGUCUGCACCCUGCUGCACCUGAGCUGCUCCCACAACCACCUGGUCAGCGUGGAAGGUCUGGAGAACAGCGCUCUGCUGCACACGCUGGACCUGAGAGGCAACAGCCUCACUGCGCCCCCCGGUCUGAGGAACCAGGUCCUCCUCAGGGAGCUGCGGCUGGACGACAACAGCCUGUCGUCCCUGCGGGGCCUGGCUGCCUGCUGGCUGCCCCUCAUGCAGCAUCUGUCCGUGGCCCACAACAGAAUUACCCAUCUGCCCCCUAUGUCUGAUUCCGUGUCCCUCGCAAGUCUGGACCUUCGAUUCAACUGCAUGUCAGAGCUGCGGAACGCGUGCGAGAGUCUGCAGGGAUGUGCGUCCCUGCGCGAGCUCCACCUCCAGGGGAACCCUGUGCAGCAGGAGCGCGGCUGGAGGUCCGCUCUGCAGGGGGCGGCCCCCGGCCUGAGGACCAUCGACGGGCAGCCCACGGACUCCGAUCCGCGGCCCCCGGCUGCUCCGCGGGCCUCGGGCGGCUUCCUGGAGUCCUGUCGGGCUCAGCUGCAGCAGACUCUGGAUCUGCAGCGGCGGCACAGCGGGGAACUCAGCGCCGCGUCGCCCCUGGAUGCCGCCACGCUCUCCUGCCGCCACCUCGCCGAAGCCCUGCGGCUGGCUGAGGACCAGAGAGUCGCCCACGAACGUGACGGGACGCGUCCAGAGUCCGACAAUCAGGACCUGGACCUUCAAAGCACAGCAGCAGUCGUGAUUCAGCAGCGGUGGAGGAAAUAUAGACAGAAAUGUGGGAACAUCAGCAGCUUCUCCACGGCCGAGGAGGGAGGAGGAGGAGGAGGAGGAGGAGGAGGAGGAGGAAAUGGAGGAAAGCCAGCGCCGGGACCGUCCUUCGUUAACGGCAGCGCCGUCGGCCCGGAUCACGCAGCAACUGUCAUCCAGGCGUGUUGGAGGGGCCGCGCUCUGAGGAGGAGGCUCGCGGCGGCUCUGGCUGCCGUCGCGCGGCCCGGCGCCGGAGAGGAGGAGGAGGAGGAGGAGGAGGAGGGCGACGCCUUCGAGGAGGUGGACGUGGAGGAAUUCGUCCUCGACGAGGCCGCACUGGAGAAGCCCUGGACCUUGUCGUUUUGUGAGGACUCCCCUCCCAGACGUUGUCCUUCGUCAGAGUCUCUGGAGCUUCCCGGCUGCUUUCCUGAAUCCCCCCAGUCGUCCCCCCCACCGCCGCCGGUGUGGAGGCCAAGGCAGGCCUGGCUGCCCGGAGGACAGGUGGAGGCUGCUGGACAGGGAGACUCCCCAGAGACCUCCAGCAGAAGGAAAUGUACUGCUUCGACCUCGGUGACCGGCGGCCUCUGCGAAAGAAGAGAGAGGAUCCUGGAGGAGUGGGGCUUCACUCACAGCCACACGGCUCUCCAGAUGCUCAAGAGAGCUCAGAAGAUGAAGUCAACAACGCUGGGGCAGAAGAAACGCCAGGAUCCCUCCGUCCAUCUUGCCUUCAGAAGCUGCGGCUACCCGCCCGCUCCGAUGGCGGCACGAAGGCGGCCGGCGCCACACAACAGGAGUGAUGUGAAAGGUCGGGAGGCUGAGCCGGGCCUUUGGACCGCGGGGGUGGAGCGGGUGGAGCAGAGAGGAGCUCGGGCUGCUCCCCCUGACAGCGACUCGGAGAGCCUGCGUUUCUUACCUGAGAUCCGCCCAGACGUCCUGAGGGGGGGCCGAGUGCAGCUUGUGGCCGACCCGGGACACAGAGCGAGUGCGCCUCACGCCGGCGUCGCCCCCCCCGGAGAGUCUCCUCGCAGGAACCCUGACGGCCCCCCGGGUGCCACGGCUCCGUCUCCUCGGCGGGUCGCCUCGGCUCUGUGGAAGAGGGAGCGCGUCUCCCACAGAGACGCUGCGGUGCGGAUGAGCGGCGGCUGGGGGGGGGGCAAGAAGAGGGACAAGUGAACUCUCCCACCGUCCUCCCCUGUCCUCGCCCAAUCAAGAGAGCAACGGCGGCUUGGACCAGCCCAAAUCUGGCCGUUUUCUCAUCGACGAAACGACCAGAAACACAACCGCCCGCUCAUUCAAAAUGGCGGAAGGACACGUAUUUAUAUUUGGUACCCAUGGUUGGGUGUAAAGUUUAAUAAAGCCCUGAAAUUUAGGGGCGAUUUCCUCAUAUUUAGCUCCCGCUCGCCAACUGCGGCCUCGAAAACCCGGACUGCUGGGGACAGGUGACAUGAACACCUUCUGAAUAGAGAUCUGCCUUCAGUCCACCACUCUUCCUUACCCCGCGUUUACUUUUGCAGCCAUUGGUGUCCAUUGGCAGCCAUUGGUGUCCAUUGGUAGCCAUUGGUGUCCAUUGGUAGCCAUUGGUGUCCAUUGGCAGCCAUUGGUGUCCAUUGGCAGCCAUUGGCAGCCUUUGGCAGCCAAAGUAAGGAGUAAGCAACUUAUAAAAGAAUUGAGGAGUAAACUCACACAAGCAGAAAGGUUGUACAGUCACAGCUGAUUUACAGCUCAUCUAAUGUAGAUGACAACAGCUUUUUUUUUUUAACCCUUUUUGACCAUGUACAAAAAUAUAUUGGAAAAAUUUCGUGGAGGCUUCAGUUGUAUUUGCACCUAAAUAUAUUGGAUAGUGUAAAAUCACACAAAUGAACACAUUUCUUGAUCUUGCAGAGUUUGGGCCUCACAGAGGUUUUCUGGUCUUCUGUCCUGAAGACACUUCAGAGGCCUCGCGGUGCCGGACCAGAGUGGGGGGGGGGGGGGUCCACAGCCCCUCACACAGAGACUGGAAUAUGAAUACGGUUGUAGCUCUGCUCGGUCACACAUUCUUUAGAGGGGAAGCGUGAGCCAACGUAUGGCGAGGUCAGCGUGGAAGCCCAGAUAACCCCCCCCCGCCCCCCCUGUUUAUUUUGACUAUUUAUUUCCCUCCUCCCGUGGCCAGUGAGGCUCCAGGUAACGGCCACCGACCCCAGAGCGACCCAAAGCACACGCCGGGCGCUUCGCAGGUGGCGACGCUCCUGGGCUCCAGGUCCUGGUAACACGAUUCCUCCAUCGAGGAAAAACGAAGAACCUCGCCCCCCCCUCGUGUGUGUGUGUGUGUGUGUGUGUCCUGCACGAGGAGGAUGUUUGGUCUUUAUGUCAAGCAAGAAAAAGGUUCUCUCAUUUAAUGUCAAUUUAAAUGUGGAUAUUUAUACGAUUGUUUCAUAUAUUUUUUACAAAGGAUAAAUGCCAACGUUACUGUUCACUGGGCAAAGAAGCACAAAUUGGGUUUUAUUAAACAUUAAAGCGUUUUGUUACAGCUGCCAAAAAA